AUAGGAAGAGCUAUGUAUUCUUCUAAUUAACCCAUCUUCGAAUUGAACCGGCUGGACUCCACCCUGGCUACGCUCACUUGUUCUCAUGUCCCCAGCUCCCAGGGUCCCAGUCCCUCUCUACUGUUCAUUCGACGGCUCUGUGACUUUGGCCAGUGUCACCUCUCUCUCUCUCUCUCUCUCUCUCUCACGGACAGACACCAGCUGAUGUUCGUUUUCUAGCGUUCUGAAGAGUUGAGGUUUGCCGGCGACGGAGACCAACGAGCGGGAAUGCGACCCUUUGAACUGGACGGAGCCUGAACCAGGACAAACACAGGGUCAGGAAAAGAGGGAGAUAGGAAGAGAUGGGUGUAGCAGAUAUUCCUCGGAAGGAGACGAGCGUUCUACGCAAGCACCAGGGUCCUGUGCUCGCCGCUCGGUUCAACCGCGACGGUAAUUACUGCCUCAGCGCCGGCAAAGACCGCACCGUCCAACUCUGGAAUCCCCACACAGCCAAGCACGUCAAAACCUACAAGUCCCAUGGUCGCGAAGUCCGCGACGUCGACUCUGCUCCGGACAAUUCCAAGAUAUGUUCUUGUGGUGGUGACCGACAGAUCUUUUACUGGGAUGUCUUACGCGGUAUUGUAAUUCGAAAAUUCCGAGGCCACGAUAGUGAGGUAAAUGCAGUGAAGUUUAAUGACUAUGCAUCAGUGGUAGUAUCGGCAGGAUAUGACCGUUCAUUGCGAGCUUGGGACUGUAGAUCUCACAGUACUGAGCCAAUUCAGAUAAUUAACACAUUUUCAGAUAGUGUAAUGUCUGUUUGUCUAACAAAAAGUGAAAUUAUUGCUGGAAGUGUUGAUGGAACUGUUCGAACAUUUGACAUUCGCAUUGGAAGAGAAACAUCUGAUAUCUUGGGGGAACCAGUCAACUGUAUUUCAAUGUCAAAUGAUGGAAACUGCAUAUUAGCCAGUUGUCUUGAUUCUACCCUUCGUCUUCUUGACAGAUCUACUGGAGAGUUGUUGCAAGAAUAUAAAGGCCACAGUUGCAAGAAUUACAAAAUGGAUUGCUGCCUUACCAACAAUGAUGCCUACAUUAUUGGUGGAUCUGAGGAUGGCUUAAUUUACUUCUGGGAUUUGGUAGAUGCAUCGGUGCUGUCUAGCUUCCAAGCUCAUGCUGCAGUGGUAACCAGUGUGAGUUAUCACCCAAAGGACAACUGUAUGAUUACUGCCUCAGUUGAUGGUUCCAUUCGAGUUUGGAAGACUUGAGAACAGUAAUUAAACUUUUUUGACUUGACCCUACACAUACACACAAUUCUUCUCCCCACCGUAUCCUGUCAUGGAUAGGUAUGUAACUGUAUUCAUAGGAUUUUUUAAGGUUUCAAUCCAACUAUUCUCAUGUCGAGAUAAAAUUUAUUACGACAUUCAGUUGAAGAAUUCAAUCUUUCCGACUGUUGCUGGCAA